CGCUGGUGCGCUGUGUCCCUUGGACCCGGAAAGAGCCAAAGACGUUGGCUCGGUCAUGUGAUCAGCUGUGUCCAAUCACAUCUGAUUACAUGGCACUGAAGUGCCACCUGUCAGUGUCCAUCAGUGCCAGCAGUCAGUGCUCAUCUGUGCCACAUGCCAGUGCCCAUCUGUGCCACAUCAAUGCCACAUAUCAGUGCAUACCAGUGCACAUCAAUGCCACAUAUCAGUGCCCAUCUGAGCUGCCUUUCAAUGUCACCCAUCAGUGCCAGUCAGUGCCACCUAUCAAUGCCAAUCAGUGCCACCUAUCAGUGCUGCCAAUCAGUGCCACCUAUCAGUGCCAGUCAGUGUCGCAUAUCAGUGCCGGUCAG